AUGGCGUACAUGCUAGACCGCCUCGGCCUAGGCUAUUUUGUCGCCUUGUUUUUCUGCCUGUUUUCGGCGAAUCGAUUAGGUGCAGCUACUGAAGCAGCAGAUCGUGAUCCGCGCCAUGACGACCUGCGCGGGGCCGACAAGGCCACGAGACAGCUGAUCCUGAUCGACAUCACGGCGAAGCAGCUGGCCCUGCAGAUUGUCGAGUACGAGGAAAUGGCGGCAGUCCAGGACCCGCAGCAGCAGCAGCAGCAGCCCGGCGGCCCCGGCAUCUCGCGCCAAGGCGGCAUGGGCGACGACAGGGAGCCUGAAGAGGACGGGACCGGCGCAUUUUUCUCUUUUGGCGCGCUGCACGCCGAAAGCUGGUGGUUCAAGUGAUGGUCAUUGUUUUCUAUGUCUAUCUAGAAGAAAGAGGUGGCCGUAGGCCACUUAUAUGGAAUCUGGGACCCCUACGCCUCCACUGCCGCCUGUGUGGCUGAUGAAUGCGUUGCUACAGCCACCUCUAUGUGGCUGGAAUGCGCGUUGUUCUAAC